AUGUCUAUUCUCUCAAUUGCCGGUCUUCUAUUGAUGAUCUCAUCUGCUGUGGCUUUGCAAUGCCAUCAAGUUCCCAACCAAGCAAGAUUAACUGAUCCCAUCACAAGUACAUCUACGGAAUGUGGAUUCAAUGCCCUGUCUUGCACGAAGGUCGUCGAUAUGACUAAUGGAGUGUAUACCAAAGCAUGUGGUAUCAGCAACUGCACAAACCCUCAAGGAACAGGCAAUUUGCCGGCUCAAUGCUUUAACACAAGCCAACAAGGACGUGAAACAUAUAACUGCUGUUGCUAUGGAAAUGGAUGUAACACUGCUUCGGAACAUAACUUCUUGGGAGUUCUUACUGGCUCAUUGAUCUUCAUACUCGCUUCAAAGUUCUUCAUGUGA